AUGACAUCCCUCGAUAUCAAGCUCGAAGACAUCCCCAGCCUAGUAGGCAAGAAGGUGAUUCUAACAGGGGGGUCCUCCGGAAUUGGCCUGGCGGCCGCGAAGACGUUUGCCCACCGCGGAGCCCAAGUCCUAAUCCUGGACGUCAAAUCUCCCCUCGAACCGCUGCCCUCUGCAGUCGAAUAUCGUAAAUGCGAUAUCUCCAAAUGGGCCGAGCUCCAGUCUGCAUUUUCACAUGCGGGGAACGUCGAUAUCGCAGUCGCGAAUGCUGGGGUUUCGGAGGAGACUGAUUAUUUUUCAGACACUUUUGAUCCUGAGGGGGGGUAUCCGGUCAUGGAGUUCUUCCACUUCAUUCCCUACUACCGCUUUAACAAUCUAACGGCCCGGCCCCCUCAGCUUAUCGGCCUCGUUCGUGCUCUUCGCUCGACUGUAAUCCGCGACAACAUAACAAUCAAUGCCGUUGCCCCAGCCGCCACAAUCACCUCCCUCCUCCCCGCGGACCUCGCGGCGCCAAUUAUCGCUGCCGGACUCCCUGUUAGCACUGCCGAAUUCGUUGGCCUAGCGGUGGCCUACUCAUCUUGUGCAGUGCAAACCCGUCAAGUGGAGCUAUACGGUAGAGAUCCGGACGAGCUGGCGAACACACCGGGGCGAUGGAACGGAAGAGUUAUUUUGACGCUGGGGAGCAGAUACACGGAAUUGGAGGAGCCGAUUGCGCGUUUGCGUGGGGAGUGGUUCGGGGAGGAAAAUAAACGGGAUACGAGGAUGCAGCAGAUGGCUACAGAUUUCAGGGCGUUUCCCAAUAUGUAG